AUUAAACCCCUCCAGCGAACCCUAACAGCCCCGGAUAUGAAGGACGAUGUUAUGGGCGGAGCGGAGGAUUCCGAUGUGUCUGUUGAUGAUGAGAGUCUUUCGAAUGUUACUAAGCAGAAGGUAGCGGCUGCGAAACAGUAUAUUGAGAACCAUUACAAGGAACAGAUGAAGAGUCUUCAAGAGAGGAAGGAGCGGCGGACCGUCUUGGAAAAGAAGUUGGCUGAUGCAGAUGUCUCCGAGGAAGAUCAAAAUAACCUACUUAAGUUUCUAGAGAAGAAGGAAACUGAAUAUAUGCGUCUUCAGAGGCAUAAAAUGGGUGUUGAGGAUUUUUGUAUCAGCUGUUAAUGUACAAACUGGUGAGGAGGUAGCUGUCAAGCUGGUAUGUUAGGUUUUCAUAAAGUUUUUAACCCUAUUUUGUGGUGAAAUGAUUAGUUAUUGAAUUAUUUCAUAAAUAUCUUGAGUUUGAUUAAUGUUUUCAUAUUUCCAAUUGCAUUUAGUAUCUUAACUGUGUGUAUAUAUAGGAUGAAACAACCUUGAUUUAUACUCUUUCGAA